AUGUCUACUACUGUCCCUAAGCUACUAUUCCUACAAGGUUUCCUACAAAACGCUAAAGUUUUCUCUGAAAAAUCAUCAGGUAUUAGAAAGCUCCUAAAGAAGGCUAAUAUUCAAUGUGAUUACCUUGAUGCACCAGUUAUGCUUGAAAAGAAAGAUCUUCCAUUUGUAAUGGAAGAUGAUAAAUGGCAAGCUACUUUAGAUGCUGAUGUCAACAGAGCGUGGUUUUACCAUAGUGAAAUUUCUAAGGAAUUAGACUUGACUGAAGCAAUCGAUUAUGUCGUUAAAUAUAUUAAGGAGAACGGUCCAUAUGAUGGUAUUGUUGGAUUCUCUCAAGGUGCUGCUCUUUCAACUAUAUUAACAAACAAAAUUACAACAUUGAUUCCAGAACAUCCAGAAUUUAAAGUCAGUUUAGUUAUCUCUGGUUAUUCUUUCACUGAAGAAGACCCAGAACAUCCCGGUGAAUUGAGAAUCACUGAAAAAUUCCAAGAUGCUUUUACUCCAAAGAAGGAUAGUAAGACUAAAAUGAUGUUCAUUUAUGGUGAAUCAGAUCAAGCUGUUCCUUGCGUUAGAACCAAAUAUCUAAUUGAUCUGUAUAAAAAGUCUGGUGUUAGUGAAGAUUCUAUCAGCGUUUUCCCACAUCCAGGUGGUCAUAUGGUUCCUAACAAAAAGGAUAUUAUUAGACCAGUCGUUGAACAAAUCGAUAAGGCUCUUAAGGAUUAA